AUGGAUUUCCGUCCAGUUUUCAGGUUCCUGCCGUCAUCCACCACACUGAUGCUCAAGGCCUCAAACGAUGCGUUUAAGGUGGCCCAACAGAGCCGUAGGCCCACCACGUCUUUCACCGUGAAGGGACCAGAGGCGGUGAGGGAGGAGGCCAAGGCCCGCAUCCUCCAGGCUGAAGGAGACCCUGAGUGCUGGCAGCUGGUGCUCAGUGAGAGCCAGCUCCAGUUUGGCCAGUACCGGGGUCAAACCUUCAAGUGGCUCCUCAGCCAUGAUGUGGGCUACGCGUGUGGGAUCCUUGUGUCCCACAUGCAGGAGAGGGAAGCCGGGGACAGCUCCCAGUCGCCUCUUGCUGCCAACAAGGACGCCCUCGCCUCCUACGCCCGGCUGCUCCCACAGAUGGUGCAGCUGAUCGAGUCUCGUCGGAUGCGCGAGGGCUUGGUGUCGGUGAGGGCCAUGGACCGGACGCUGGUGGGGUUCGGUGCGCAUGCCGGCAUGUCGCUCCAAGCCCUGUACGAGUCCACCAGCACAGAGUGUAAAACCUACAAGCGGUGGAUUAAAACCCAGCGGUGCGGCAUGGGGUCGCGGAUGCACACUGUACAGGUGUACAUACUGGGCCGGGAGAAAGAAGGGUCAGCAGCAGGGCCGUCGGCUGCUGCCCCUCCUCCAGCUGCUCCCCCGGCUCAGCAGAGAGCGUCGCAGCCUGCAUCGAGCGUGCCAUCAGCGGAUGACAUAAUAGAGCUGUCGGACGAUGAUGAGCUCUUUGCGGCUGCCAUGGAGGUGGACACACUGCCUUCCCAAGCUGGACCCACCCUGGCAAGACCACAGGUGCCUGCUGUUCACCAGCCCACGGGCGAUGCACCUCAUCAGCCCCCGCUGCUGCUCACCGGUGCACAGCUCCUGCCCAAGGGCUGGAGGAAGACGCUGCCGGAGGAACAGCAUGAGUGGUUGGGCCGGGCUCUGUUUACCACUGGCACUGGCAAGCAUCCUGUCCUGACCAGCGAGCUGCGCCUCUGGUGGACUCCACCGGGAGCCCGGCGCCUGUACACCCAGAUCCCCUCUGCCCAGGCCUUCUUCCAGCACCGGUUUUUCCUGUGGGCGCCCUACAGGAUGUGGGCCUACAAGCUGUCCUGCCCAAACUGCAAGCGGCAGCUGACCGGCGCUGGCCUUUACAAAACGGUCCGCCGCGUUCUGGACUUCGGUGGCUGGUACCACAUGGGCACGGAGUACCUGGAAUGCGGCGGCUGUAAGAGGAAGUAUGCAGCUUGGGGCCAAGGCAUCAUGAGUCAGCUGGACCUGGCUCACAAGGCACAGUUUCCGGCUGUGCUUACAUACAAGUUGUCUUGCGAUAAGAGGGUGGUGGGCAUGAUGAAGGCCCGGACUUUGGGCAACAGCGCCUCCCGCCUCCGUGCCGCGCUGCUGGAGCAGCACACCGGCGACUGGUUGCUGCGGACCCUGCGCUACCUUUCGGUGCUGGACCAGCUCCAGCUGCCCGGCGUGGCUCCGCAGCAGGUGACGGCACGUCUGCCAACGCCCUCCACUUCCAGGUGUACCUGCUGGAGGGCCUGGUGAGGUGGAACGAGGACCGCGCCCGAGCUGCGGUGGUCGGCGGUGCCAAGCUCUCUAACAAGCGCUGCUACAGUGCUCAGCUGCUGA